AGUCACGCAGUUGCAGUCAGUUGCAGUGGUUGCAGUUGCAUUAUACACAGUGUUCGGGAAUGUUCGAGCAAUGUGUGUACUGCGUGGUGUGUACAACAUGACGAAAUUAUUACUGACAAGGUGCUUUUAUUAUAGAUAGAAAAAAAAUCAUUAUAUUAGAAUGUAUUAUGCCAAAUAAUUAAGAAAAAAAAAAAAUAUAUAUAUAUACGUUAAAUAUAUUUGUGAAUUGUGACAUGAUUGAGGCACUGUAAGGCUACAGAAUGCUUCGGAAAUUAUCUGCUGAGAUUCUUAUAUUUUGUAUGAUAAAUAUUUCUCUUGCUUCCGAUGUUUCCAAACGUAAUGAGAGUUACGAAUGUAGAUUAGGAUCGAAAACUCCUUAUAGAUGUGUAGCUAAUCAGGAUGAAUCAAUGUUGAAAUAUCCAGAUUGUGUGGAGAAAAAGAUAUGGUUAAUUCUGCGUCAUGGAACUCGAUAUCCUGGAAAGAAGUACAUGCCUCAUAUGGUAGAUGAUUUGCCAGAGUUACAACAUGUAAUAUUAAAGAAUUAUGCGAAUGGAGUAAUAAAUAUGUCAGCUGACGACGUAGCUCUGUUUAGGAAAUGGAAGUUAUCGUUUGCUCAAGGAAAUGCGAUGAAAUUGGCAGUAGAAGGAGAGAAUGAAAUGAUUGAUCUUGGAGAAAGAUAUCAGGCAAGGUUUCCAAUUCUGAUGCCAGAAGCUUUUAACAAUCAGACAUACAAAUUUAGAUUCACAGCCACACAACGUACAGAAGAGAGUGCAAGACACUUUGCUGUUGGUUUAUUUGGUUGGCAUAACAGCAAAAAUGUUUGGUAUCCAUUGCCAGUAUACAAAGAUCGAGUUAUAAGAUUUUACAAAGCUUGUCCUCGUUGGCGUCAAGAAAUUGACAAGAAUCCAGAUGCAAAGCGGGAGAUAACAAAAUUUCUGAAUAGCAAGAUUGUUAAAAAUAUGUUAAAUAAUGUUAAAAAGCGUAUUGGUCAUGAUAUUGAUUAUGAAACUGCUCAUUUAAUGCAUACAACGUGUGCUUUCGAAACCGCUUUAAAUCAAAGUAUAGUGUCUCCCUGGUGUAAAUUAUUCUCAUUAAAUGAUUUUAAAGUAAAAUUUAAAAUAAAAGUAUUUGAAUAUGCAGAAGAUCUAGAAUUCUUUUGGAUUGAUGGAUAUGGCUAUCCAUUAACUUAUGAGCAAGCAUGUGUUGCCUUGAAAGAUAUGUUUGAUUCCUUUGGAUCCAAUGAAGGACCAGUAACAACAGCUUAUUUUACACAUUCCGGUACUAUUUUAAAAUUAACAGCCUUACUUGGAUUAGCCAAAGAUACACAUCCAUUAGUGUACGACUCUUUCACAUUACGUAAAAAAGAACAUAAAAGAGCUUGGAGGAGCAGUGUUAUUGACACGUUUGCAUCUAACAUGGCAUUCGUUUUGUAUGAUCUUUUUUUAGUUGCGAAUAUUAUGGGCCCAGUGUUUUAUUCAUGCUUCAGGAACGACCAGUGUACUUACCAGGCUGUCCAAAAGAUAUGCCAUGUCCAUUAAAUACUAUGAAGGCAUUGUAUCCAGAUCUUGAUGAAGAAUGUCAAUUUGAUGCUAUGUGCCAUAUAACAAAAGCCGAGAAUUAAUAUAAAAAAAUAUUUUUGCAAUAA